UCAAGCAGCCUAUAGCUCUUUACUUCUUUAGCGAUACAGCGUGGAGUUGGCCCUUUCAGCUAUUCGAGCCACACCAACCCAGCCACACCCGAAAAAUCCGAUCUUAAUCUUAACCUCAUCGCGGGAUAAUUUACAAUGACAUAUUAACCUGCACGGUAUAUGGACUGGUGCCAAAGCCAAUACUCCUCCCCCACCCCCUCUGAUAUAUAUCCUGCUGAUUCCGGCUUUGGGGCAGUGCUUGGUUGUGGUUUGAAGCAGCGAAAGGCAAGGUGGACAGGUGCAUACUAUGCACAGUGAAGUUAAACGUUGCUCACAAAGGUCAAGGGAUUAGAUGUCGGUGGGGAUGGAGGAGGGAAAGCAGUAAAGGAAUACGGUAUUGAUGUACUGAGACCUCAUGGGUUCAUGAGGGGAAGUCUGACUGAAUAGCAGGUCCUGAGUCACCAGAACCCAGAAAGGCUGAGCCCAGAAUCGGAGAAGGUUUCUGUGCAAUUGGGCAGCGCCGGUGCCAGGCAUCGUGAUGGCUCCAGAUCCGCAUGGUAUGAUGUCUGCAGCUGGUCCUCUGCGGCUUCCUCAGUUGUUGCUGGCUGUGUCGGUUAUUUUCCCACUGCUUCUCAUCCUGGUCUUGGUCAUCUGUGCUUUCUGCAGGAGACUUUCUGAGAGAGUGCGACGCUCUGAUGGACAGUUGAAAGUGAUGUUUAUUAAGAGUAACAGUGGUUCUGUUCGAUUCAGCAACGAUCUGGACUGUACAAGUGAAAAAGGAAUAAUUACAGAGACAGUUGACUUGCAGAUGGUAACAGAGAUCAAUAAAUCCCAAGUUGUCCAAAACAUCCCAAGUACUCAGUUGACUAACCAUGCAGGGAAUGACAUGAGCAACGAUGAAAGUUUGUAUGAAGAAGUGAGAGACAUCCAUUGGAACACAAACAGGGGAAGUCUAAGUGUACUGAAGCCAGAUUGUACCAACCGAUCUGAGGAAGUGCCCUCAGCAGAAUUAAACUGUAACUCUGAGGUGAGGGAGCCUACAAGCGAGGAAACACAAGAACCGAUUUAUGCAAGAGUGGUCAAACAGAGGAACAAAGAGCAUCAAUCAUUUGUUCAGGAGAGACCUAAAGUUGAAGAUGAAGAGAUGGUGGAUGAGGCGCCACCAAUCCCAAACAAGCAUUUAGACGAUGAUGAUUCAGCUCCAUGAUAAAGAUAUGAGGUUUUAUCACAGCAUGCCCAGAGCAUGAAUCUUUAUUUCAUGGAGAAUUUGGACAAUCCUACAGAACGGGCAAACCUACUGUUGAUGCAUUCUUGGUGUCAUGGCUCUGGAGAGUAGUGUAAGUUCCAUGUGGACACAGGGCCACUUUAGUCAAUGUGGUUCUUGAACCUUCCUUUACAUUUGUGUCUGCAAAUGCUGAAUGUAUUCAGCAAGAUUCAAGAUUCAAAUGUAUUUAUUUAUCACAAGUACAUUGAAACAUACAGUGAAAUGCGUCAUUUGCGGUAACAGUCGACACAAUCCGAGGUUGUGCUGGGGGCUGCCUUCAAGUGUCGUCACACAUUCCAGUGCCAACGAUGCCCGACAGAACUCAACAGCAACAAAACAACAGCAGCAGCCGAACCGGCCCCACUCCUCCCUCCCUCCCACAUACACAGUCCCGUAACAUGAAGACCGUCUGUCCUCUUUGGUCUGCAGGUCGGACACACAGACAUCGGGUCUUUGACUACCGCAGAGUGGGCUCGCAAAAAUUCAUGGGCACGGAGCUCCAGUCAAUGGGACUCGACCCCUGGGCCUCGGUCCUCGGCAUCAACACCAGCACCCACCAAUCACUGAACACCUCGAACUCCAGAAUUGCUGAUGAUGGGACUCAAGCCCUAGGCCUCGAACUCCGGACUCGCCGAUUCGCAAACCCAUUAGAAAUGAGCACCACAGUAUCGUACUGGAAGUAAAUUCACAUUGAGCAAUAUAGUUGAUGUUGAAGCUAAAUUCAUAAUAAACUGCUUGAAUGUUUCAACAUCUACUGUUCAAUCCCAAUACAGUUUCCGUUGUAUAAACCUGUCCCACCCUGUACAGUCUUGAUAUAUUCCAGUUGUAUCUUGGCUCAUGUUCAGCCCUGAGUUAAAAGACCUAUGCCAGGACUUUACAAAGUAAUUCAGACUGUCACUCUGAUAAAUGCAGUAUUGUUGGAGAUAUAGUGCUUCACGAUUCAUCUACCUGGAUAUUAACGAUCAAGUGCCCAGGUAGUAAGUAUUCUCGUGAUGUCAAUCUUCUCUUGACCAAGAGUGUGUGACUUGUUAUUAUUCCUGAUGCUAUUUUUGGAUUUUGUUGUAAGUAAAGAAAUCAUUUUAUUUGUGUACAAGUUGCUGCUUUUCAAUGUAAUAUAUUGUUUAUAGGAUGCUGAAAGGUAAUAGUAUGAUGAAAUUAUUGAGAAGACUUACAUUUUGUGUAUGUUUGCAUCUAGCUGGUUCUGACUCAGCCCAUGGGGCUGGGAUGAUUUGGAUUCUGUUCCUGUCCUGAUCUGACUUACUGGUGGAUCACCUGCCCUCAGCUCAGAAUUCCUGCUGUUGCUCAUCUCUGAAUGCAGACAUGUUCAAACAUGAGGCUCUGAGAUAAACAGCACGUUGGUGUUCAGUGCUUGGGCUGAGGUGUGAGAGAAUGAUUACUUAACUGAUGCAUGCUAUCAGGAGUUCAAAUGCCUGCAGGGGAAUUCUUCAAUUCCUCACUCUGGACUCUUACCUCUUCUUCUCACCUCCCCUGGGUCCCCUCCUCCUUCCCUUUCUUCCUUGGUCCACUCUCCUCUCCUAUCAGAUUCCUUCUUCUCCAGACCUUUGCCUUUUCCACCUAUCACCUCCCAGCUUCUUACUUCAUCCCAUCCCCCCCACCCACC